AUGGAAAUGAGCAGCGCCGAGCCUCGUAAACAAGAUGUGGUGAGAGUGCUGACGAAUGAGCGCGCCGAGCGUCAAGGAGAAAAAGGGACAGCAACAGCGACUACGGUGAAGGCUGAAGAUGCAACCAAGGCAUUCAGCACCGAGCGUAAGCCUUACCAAAGCACGUAUUGUGGCAAGGUGGGACACACGGUGGAUCGUUACUGGACAAAGCAGAAGAACGAAGGUCGGGGAGCCCGACGCGGCGGCAAUGGUCGUGGACGCGGGGCUAACAAUGUCCAGUGGGGACAUCAUGAUGAAGGCAAUGGCUACGAUCGAGUGGCGUUUGCAGUCUCGUUCGAAUGUGGAGUUUCGACGAGCAAGGACGUGUCUGGAAUGUGGGCCGUCGACAGUGGUGCAACGCACCACGUUUGCCAUGAAAAGACCAAGUUUGCAAGUUUGGUAGUGCGCAAUGAGGCCGAACUAUUGGUGGCUGAUGGCUACAAAGUGGCCAUCAAGGAUGUUGGAACCAUCAUAGAAAAUGUGUUUCUGACCAACGGCGAAGAGCGCGAGAUCGAGAUCAAGAACGCGUUACAUGUUCCAAGUAUGAGCAAGAACCUGCAUCAAUGCCACAGACUAACAGGCAUGACAUCUCCAAGUCGUGUUUGA